GGCAUGGAAAUCCCUCUCCCGUUGCUUCUCUCCACUUUUGCCAUUUCCGUGACCAUAUGCUAUGUCAUCUUCUUCUUCUUCCACGCCGACAAGGGGCGUGCGCCGCUGCCGCCCGGGCCAAGGGGCUGGCCGGUGCUGGGAAACCUCCCGCAGCUCGGCGGCAAGACGCACCGGACCUUGCACGAGAUGACAAGGUUGUACGGCCCGAUGCUCCGGCUCCGCUUCGGCAGCUCUCUCGUGGUGGUGGCCGGAUCAGCCGACGUGGCCAAGCAGUUCCUCCGCACCCACGACGCCAAGUUCAGCAGCCGGCCGCCCAACUCCGGGGGCGAGCACAUGGCGUACAACUACCAGGACGUGGUGUUCGCGCCCUACGGCCCCCGAUGGCGCGCCAUGCGCAAGGUGUGCGCCGUGAACCUCUUCUCGUCACGCGCGCUUGACGACCUCCGCGGCUUCCGCGAGCGGGAGGCCGCACUCAUGGUGAGGUGCCUCGCGGAUUCUGCUGCGACCGGCGGGGCGGUGGCGCUCGCCAAGGCGGCGAACGUGUGCACGACCAACGCCCUCUCGCGGGCCACGGUGGGGCUCCGGGUGUUUGCCACCGCUGGCAGCGAGCUUGGCGCUGAGGACUUCAAUGAGAUCGUGCUAAAGCUGAUAGAGGUGGGCGGGGUUCUCAACGUCGGGGACUUCGUGCCGGCGCUCCGGUGGCUCGACCCACAGGGGGUUGUUGCCAAGAUGAAGAAACUGCACCGCAGAUUCGACGACAUGAUGAACAGGAUAAUCGCCGAGAGAAGGGCCGGUGCUAUUGCUACCAAGGCCGGCGAGGAGGGCGGUAAGGACCUGCUUUGCUUGUUGCUCGCAAUGGUGCAGGAAGACAAGUCCCUCACCGGCGGCUCCGAGGAGGACAGGAUGACAGACACAGACGUCAAGGCGCUUAUACUGAACUUGUUUGUGGCUGGCACAGACACGACAUCGAUCACAGUGGAGUGGGCGAUGGCGGAGCUGAUCAGGCACCCAGAUAUCCUGAAGCAGGCCCAGAAAGAGCUGGACGCCGUCAUUGGCCGUGACAGGCUCGUCUUGGAGUCGGACCUGCCGCGCCUCAACUUCCUCAACGCGAUCAUCAAGGAGACCUUCCGGCUGCACCCAUCGACACCGCUCUCGCUGCCGCGGAUGGCCACCGAGGAGUGCGAGGUUGCCGGCUACCGCAUCCCCAAGGGAACGGAGCUUCUAGUGAACGUGUGGGGAAUCGCCCGCGACCCGGCCCUAUGGACGGACCCGCUGGAGUUCCGGCCAGCCCGGUUCCUUCCCGGAGGGUCGCACGCGGACAUCGACAUCAAGGGAGGUGACUUCGGGCUGAUACCGUUCGGGGCUGGCCGGAGGAUAUGCGCAGGCCUCAGCUGGGGCAUUAGGAUGGUCGCCGUGACGACCGCCACGCUGGUGCACUCGUUCGACUGGGAGCUUCCGGCAGGCCAGAUGCCGGACAUGGAGGAGACAUUUUCUCUGCUGCUGCAGCUGGCCGUGCCAUUGAUGGUCCACCCGGUGCCUAGGCUGCUCCCAUCGGCAUACCAAAUCGCAUAGCGUUGCUUGUGUGCUGUUUUUUUAUUUUUUGACAAGUUUAAUAAG